AUGCGGUCGUCUCUGGUGUCCCCCGCCCUCCUGCUGCUCGUCAUCUCCCCGGCAGGUGAGCACCGCCCUCACACGUCACAUCACACGUCAGGCAAAGACAGAAAGGAAAGGCCUCUCUCACACCUGUCUGUCUGUCUGUCUGCCUCCCCUUUGCAGUUUUGUUGCCUGUGGGUGAAGUACCGCAGCCGCCCGCCGGGCCCUUCACACGUUCGCUGCAGGACGACGAGAGCCAGGCGACCAACGGGACAGCUGCACCUGAGCAGGACAGCGGCGACGAAGAGCAGACGCCAACGCAGGCUCAAAGCAACACAACUCGCCCAGCCAACGACACGGACUCACCCCAGGACGGCAAUAAGCAGCGGACUAACCAAUUCGAGCAGGGUGAGCAAUCACCGACGUGCACACUUGCAAGUGCUUCACGUGGGCAUGUGUGUGUGUGUGUGUGUGUGUGUGUGUGCCGUGUGCCUCAGAGGGUCUGGACUCAUGCGAGGAUGAUGAUGAUUGCGAAAAUACAUUUCACUGCGAUGACAGAAAGCGAUGCGUGCGUUGCUGCACCAAGAAGGACAAAUGCCCAGAUGGCUUCUUCUGUGGGGGCGGCAAAUGUAUGCGCCACGCAAUGCGUUUGUUCACACACACAGACAGGUAAUGAUCCUUUGUGUGUGCGGCCACUAAUGCAGGUCGCAGAUGUCGAGAAGAUGGCGCCGAAUGCCAUCAGUUCGAUCAGUGCUGCUCCCGUUCGUGCACGAAUGGCAUAUGCGGUACGAGUGGGACGUCGUGCGAGGGAGAUGGCGAGUGUGGUGAGGGAGAGAUAUGCGUGGCCGACCAAUGUAAGCCGAAAGACACACACAACGCCUUCGCCCGCCUUCACUAAUAACAUUCCGUCCCUUGCCGUCAGGUGUGGAGGAGCCUUCUGUGUGUCUGGCCGUCGGCGACCCAUGUCCAUUCGGAAAUGCCCAGUGCUGUUCGAGGAACUGCGGUGGCGAGACUUGUGUGUGCGCGGCUGACGGUGCUCUAUGCAGCACCGACGUUGGCAAGGACGGCUGCUGCGGUCUUUGCAACAACGGCGUCUGUGAGCGUGCGAUUCUGACAGCAACCAGUGCCCCAAAGACCGUCCAGUGUGCUCUGCCGACGGCACGUGUGGAUGCUCGUCUGACAGCGAGUGUCCCGAAGAGCUUCCAGUCUGUUCGACCAACGGCAUCUGCGGCUGUACGUGCAAUGAGGACUGUCCCAGCACCACCCUUCCAUUGUGUGACGUCGACACUGGCAAAUGUGUCGAAUGCAUAGAGAAUGUCCAAUGCAGCGAUGGAGAAGUCUGUCGAAGCGACGGCACCUGUGGUUUGUGUUCGGGCGAAGAAGGCCAGUGCCCUGCGAACGGCUUGGGACCAGGCUUCACAUCGUGCUCUCUCGGAUCAUGUGAGUGAACACAAGAAAGCGACGUGUGUGUGUUGAUGUGGGCAGGUCAUGUGUGUCCUCUUGUCAUUGGUUCAUUUGUGCAGGUUGUCUGCCUAAUGAUGACGCCACCUGCACCGAAGCCGGCCAGUGUUGUACGAAUUUCUGUGACGGCGACAAGUAUGCCUUGUGCAAUUUCCGCAGCGAAUGCGACUCAUUCGGAGACUCUGUUCGUUGUUUUGGUGGAAGAUGUGAGCCGAACAAAAGCAAAGCGAGUUAUCUCACACAAACGCCUACUCGUGUGCACCCAUAUCCUUCUGUCUGUGUGUGCAGGCUGUAAGAGGUCUGGCUCUUGUACUGAUGCCAACGACUGCUGCUCGGGCCUGUGUGAAGGCGGCUCAUGCGACCCGGGUUGCGGCGACGGUGAUGACAACUGCCUGGCCACCACCGGUUUCUGCGGUUUCAAUCGAUGUGAGGCAAAGCCAAAGAGAGUUUCGGUGUACUGACAGGCAUGACUGAUAUGUGCCGUGUCUGUUGUGUGUCAUCAGGCUGCAAGCCCGGCGGGGCACCGUGCGAAUUCGAACACGAGUGCUGCGGCCGACAGGCUACCGCCAGGCCUGGUGACUUCUGUCCGGCCGGCAUUUGUCUGGAGUGCGUGAGUGAUGACGACUGCCGUGGCGACCAGCAGUGUGAGAAGGGCUUCUGCUACUGUGCGAAUGAUGAUCAGUGCCGCAACGAAGGACGGUGUGACACUGGCGCUGCGGGCACUCCCGACGACCCCAACCUCGGCUUCUGUGCCUGCACUGAGAUUGCCGACUGCUUUGAACGCAGCCAGCGGUGCAUCGACAACGUGUGCAGGAGCCCCGAGUUUCCGGUGUAG